AUGGUGGCGUCAGAGCUCAUCACUGGAUUUCCGUUGCCCAGUACCGGAAGUUCAGCUGCGCUGGCAAGCUCUCAACAUCAGGAAGACGAAAAACUUUGGACUCGAAUUUUGUCCGAAGUAAGCUCAAAGUCGUCAUCGACCUUACAAGGCGGCACCCUCAUAAUUCUUGGUGAUAAUCAAUCUGGAAAGUCGUCUCUACUAGCUCGAUUGGAGAAAAACGAGAGUCAGGGCCAGCGUUCAGCUCUCGAGUAUCAUUUCUUGAAUGUACAGAACGAUUUCCGCGAUGGCAGCUACGCGUACCAGUUGGGUACCGCAGGUAACGAAAUGACCGAUCAACAAGCUGAUCGUAUUCUCGUGCAAGUGCGACGUCUAUGUCUUCAACUAGGCGCUGCCUUAAUCUAUACGAGUGCUAAGAAUGUGAAGAACAUCCAGGUGCUGUACAAGUACGUCGUACAUCGAGCUUUUGGAUUUCCCUUCACAAGCACAGCCCAGCUGAUUGAAAGAGACUCGGUGUUUGUGCCAGCUGGUUGGGAUGGAGAGAAGAAAAUAGAAAUCGUAAAGGCGAUUGUUGUGAGCAUAACGCUGCUUCAGGAGGGCUUACCUGAUGCUGAUGGUAUUCUGGAGCCAACAAGGGAAAAGCCAAUUAUCGUUAGAGAGCAGGUGGUUGAAGCAGAGGAUGAGCAGGCGUUUCUUCAACGUCUCGCUGCUGCUGAAAGUGCUGCACCAGCAGCGCAAAAGAAAACAAGCAUUUUGGAUGAUGCCACAGACAACAAAACUCCACUGUCAAGUUUCUUCUCGAACCUUCUGAAGGAUAAGCCGAACGUCGUGAAAACAUCUGUACCGCCGGUGGAUAGCGCUGUCCAACUGGAUCGCAUUCUCAAAAGUGCGACUGGACAACAAAGCCAGGGCCCUAAUGAAAGUUCUGCAUAA